CUUGACAGCCCUGUUUGCAAAAGCCAAAGGACAGGCUGUCCUCUUCGGGAUUGCCCUGGGGUGGUGGUGCAUUUGAAUCACUGAGCAUCCUGCUUGCCUGCACCUUCCUUGUACCUCCUGCUCCUUGCAUCUCUCCAGUUUGCCUUGCCUUUCCUCCUCGUGUUUCCUCAGCAAUGACCAGCUUGAAGGAAAUCUGUUGUGGUCUUCCUCUAAACCCUUUGCCUGAAAACAAAGGUCGGAGAAAAGGAAUACCCCAUGCACCCGUGAGAACCCCCAAUCUCACUGCUCAGGAGAAGAAGCUGGCUUUGCGCAAUGCCUUGCGUUAUUUCCCACCUGAAGUGCAAAAGAAGCUGGCACCAGAAUUUGCUGAAGAACUCAGGCUCUAUGGCCAUAUCUAUAUGUACAGAUUCUUCCCAGAUAUUGAGAUGAGAGCAUACCCCAUAGGAGAAUACCCUUGCAAGACCAAAUCAGCUGCUGCCAUUAUGCUGAUGAUCAUGAAUAACCUGGAUCCCUCAGUGGCUCAGUUUCCUCAGGAGCUUGUCACUUAUGGAGGAAAUGGGCAGGUCUUCAGCAACUGGGCACAGUUCUGGUUGGUAAUGCACUACUUGUCAGAGAUGACAGAAGAGCAAACACUAGUGAUGUACAGUGGGCAUCCUCUGGGACUCUUCCCCAGCCAUCCCCGUGCUCCUCGUUUAAUCAUUACUAAUGGCAUGGUUAUUCCCAACUAUUCCUCCAGAGAUGAAUAUGAGAAGAUGUUUGCUUUGGGAGUAACAAUGUACGGUCAGAUGACUGCAGGGAGCUACUGCUACAUUGGGCCUCAGGGAAUAGUACAUGGGACUGUGCUCACAGUGCUCAAUGCCGGCCGUCGCUACUUGAAGGCAGAAGACCUGUCUGGGAAGGUGUUUGUGACUUCUGGUCUCGGAGGGAUGAGUGGGGCUCAAGCCAAGGCUGCAGUCAUUGCUGGGUGUGUGGGCAUCAUUGCAGAGGUUGAUGAAGCAGCACUUCUGAAACGUCACAAGCAGGGAUGGCUGAUGGAAAUCUCUAACAACCUGGACCAUUGCAUUGCUCGCCUUAGAGAAGCAAGAAAGAAUAAGAUUGCCCUUAGUUUGGGUUACCAUGGGAAUGUUGUAGACCUAUGGGAGAGGCUGGUCUAUGAGCUGGACAAGACAGGAGAGCUGCUGGUUGACCUGGGCUCUGACCAAACUUCAUGCCACAACCCAUUUAAUGGUGGGUACUAUCCAGUACAGCUUGGCUUUGAGGAAGCAAAGCAGCUCCUUUCCACCGAUCCAGGGAAGUUCCGGACCCUGGUACAAGAGAGUCUGAGGAGGCAUGUGGCCGCUAUUAACAAACUUGCUGAUAAGGGCAUGUUUUUUUGGGAUUAUGGCAAUGCUUUUCUCUUGGAAGCUCAAAGGGCUGGUGCUGAUGUUGAGAAAAAAGGAGCAAAUAAAACAGAAUUUCGAUAUCCUUCCUAUGUUCAGCACAUCAUGGGGGACAUUUUUUCCCUGGGAUUUGGGCCAUUCCGCUGGGUUUGUACCUCAGGUGACCCAAAGGACCUUGCUACGACUGACUCCAUUGCCAUGUCAGUGCUGGAGGACUCAAUACGGAAGGGAGUGAGCACAUCUGUGAAGCAGCAGUACCAUGACAACAUCCGCUGGAUUCGGGAAGCUGGCAGGCACAGCUUGGUUGUUGGCUCUCAAGCUAGGAUCUUGUAUUCUGAUCAGAGGGGUCGCGUGUCUAUAGCUGUGGCUAUUAAUAGAGCAAUUUCUGAAGGAAAGAUUAAGGCUCCAGUAGUCCUCAGCCGAGAUCACCACGACGUGAGUGGGACUGACAGUCCUUUCAGAGAAACGUCAAACAUUUAUGAUGGAUCCGCCUUUUGUGCAGACAUGGCAGUGCAGAACUUUGUGGGAGAUUCGUUCAGAGGAGCGACCUGGGUCGCACUGCACAAUGGUGGUGGAGUUGGCUGGGGUGAAGUGAUCAAUGGGGGAUUUGGCCUGGUGUUGGAUGGGUCGAAGGAGGCUGAAGAACGAGCUAAGAUGAUGCUCAGCUGGGAUGUUUCCAAUGGGGUCGCCAGGCGCUGCUGGUCGGGUAAUGCCUUUGCUUAUGAAACCAUCUGCCAAGCAAUGAAAGAGAACGACACAUUGAGAGUGACCCUCCCUCACAUGGUGGUGGAUGAGAACAUCUUGGAGCAAGCCAUGAAACAUUAGUGGUAUUUCCAAGUGUGAUGUUGUUCUUGCAGAUAUAUUUGAAGUUGCUUCCUUGAUAUGCUAUUCUACUCUCUGGCCAAACGAUAAAAGCCUUGCAUAUGUC